AUCGGUUCGGAUUAACGAAAUGCUCACCCUAGAGAUAACUGUUAAAGCCUCUUCAACGUGCAAACAGCUCGAAAUUCGUGUCUUUACCAAAUCUAAAGAUCAAAAUCAUUAAAAGUUAAUUUCCAGAUCUCAACAAUAACAGAACUUGUUUCAGUAGAUCAUUCGAUAUGGGGGUAGUAAUCGAAAGCUAUGUCUGGGAACCAAAUCCUUCACUUUACAUCUUCAUUUUCAUUUGUUGUUUCUUCUCCAUCGCUCUGUUUCAAAAUGCCUCUAAAUCGAACAAUAACACCAAUAAAUCUCUAUCUCCCUCUCCUCUCGAUCACGCCUUCUCUUCUUUUUCUUCUUCGAAUUUUCUUCGUUUCCAGAGAAAGUUUCUUUUUCUCUUCUCUCUCGCUUCAGUAAUUGAAGGGCUAUGGUUGGUGUUUGGAGAGUUUGAAUUGGCUUUUUAUGGGGUGAGUAAGGAGCAAACUGUUAUAUCUCUCUGUGUUGGAUUUGGAGCUGCUCUUCUUGUUGGUACUUUCUUAGGGAUGCUUUCUGAUUUAAUCGGUCACAAGAAUGCUUGUCUGAUCUUUUGCACCCUACACUUCUUUGUUGGCAUAUGGAAGAGGAUUAUGUCACAUCCUAGCAUCUGGUUAGCAAGUAUAUGCUUGUCUCUUGCCAACUCAAUAUUUUCUUUCAGCUUUGAGGCAUGGGUGGUUGUCGAAAAUGAAAAGCGAGGACACGGACAAGAUACUUUGAGUGAUACAUUUUGGUUAAUGACUUUCUUUGAGUCGGCAUCAUUAAUUGGAAGCCAGGCACUGGCAAAUUGGCUGUUAGGUACUAAUCCAGAAAAAGGCAUUGUGUCUUGUUCCACUGCAACCAUCUUUUUGGCAAUAGUAGGUAUCAUCUGUGUCGGCAAAGGAUGGAAAGAAACCACACAAAGUACAGUAAUUCAAGAUUAUACUGUAUCUUAUGCAAAUAUCUUUAGUGAUAAACGAAUGUGGCUGCUGGGAUUAGCUCACGCUUGCCUUCAGUUCUCUAUUUAUAUCUUCUGGAUUUUGUGGGCACCUAUGUUGGUGGCUGAUGGGCGAGAAGUAUAUCUAGGGUUGAUAUAUCCAUGCCUACUGGGUGCAAGAAUGCUGGGAAGCACAGUAUUUCCAUGGCUGUUGAGUGGGCCAUUAUCACUUCGAACUGAGGAUUGCCUAGUAUAUGCAUUUAUUGUACUAGGGAUUGCCUUGUCAAUUGUGGCUUAUGAUUACCAGGAAAUUGGAACUUUAGUGUCACUGUUUUGCUUAUUCCAUGCUGGAGUGGGCCUGAUUAUGCCUUCACUUGCAAGAUUGAGGACCAUGCAUGUGCCAAAUAAGUUGCGCGGAGGAAUGAUAAGCCUGUCUCUUGCUCCCGCAAAUGUAGCUAUUCUGUUUUUGCUGAUGCAAAGAGGCUACUAUAAAAAAAUUGAGAAUUCAACUAUGAUGGCAUUUGCCGCUAUUGGGCUUUUCAUAGCAGCUGGUUGCAUGCAUUUGCUGAAGCAAUGGGGAAAGCAACCAUACCAAAACUGGCGCAAGUUGUAACUUCAAGAAUUCAAUUGUACAUCAAACUCUUCAACAGAAUUUAUAAAUGUGGGUGUCUGUCAUCUACUUUAGACGGUCAAGGAACCGAGAGAGAAAUUUUGCCCUCGAAACCCUAAAGAAGGAAGCAGAAAAGGUCCAGUCUCAUAUGUAUAAGGAAACAAAGGGGGCUGCUGUGCCAAUUUGAUUUUAGUGGAGGGAGCUACACAUUAUUAUUACAAGCUGAGAACAACUAAACAAUGGAGAGUUUUAUUUAUUUAUUUAUUUUUUUGUUCAGUUCAAGAAUAUUUAUUGGAGUAGAAAUAUUUUGAAUUCAUUUCUUGAUUGCGAUUUUA